AUGGAUUGGAUUCGCCGAACUCGUGGCCAGAUGAGCACCUCAUGGCAAAACAAUGGAUGCGACUCAAGGGUCAAUGCUCCAGAGUAUCUUGAGCGCAAAGACACAUCUAUCCCUGUAUCCCCCGGAACGCCAGACACUCUCGAUACUAUUCAAAGCGAUACUAUUUCAACCCUCAAAGGGUCUCCUUUGGACGAUACACACAGCAUUCAAUUAGAGAUGUCACCACAAAAAUUUGGUCGGCUUGCGUCUUGGAGGGGAGCUUUAAUUCUUUUUGUUACUUCUGGCUCGCAAUUUCUCGAUAACGUUUUCAUGACCAGCUCUAACAUGGCAUUGGCUUCGAUCCAAGAAGAGUUCGAAGUAUCCAACACAAAUCUACAAUGGAUGAUAUCAGCAUAUACAUUGGCGUUUGGAGGAUUUUUACUACUAGCUGGGUCCUUAUCUGAUCGAUAUGGGCGAAAGUUGAUUCUCUGCUCCGGCCUUUGCUGGUUGUCCAUCUGGACUCUAGCCAUUGGCUUUGGCCAGUCUUUUAUCCAACUCACCGUUUUCCGCGGAAUCCAAGGAAUAGGAGCAUCACUUACCGUGCCAUCUGCUAUUGGAAUCAUUAGUUCAUACUUCACGGGUGUUGAUCGAACUCGAGGAUUGUCAAUCUAUGCCGCAUCGGGAACCGUUGGGUUCUGCGCCGGCCUUAUCUUCGGUGGUUUCCUUACCUCAUCGUUGGGAUGGAGGUACAUAUUCUACCUGAUUACCAUUAUCACCGGCUCGCUGGGAAUCUUAGGUCUCAUUGUUCUACCCAAGGAUCAUGACGCCGGGAAGGACAGGGGAAGAAUGGAUUACCUUGGCGCUAUUCUGUCAACAGUUGGCUUGAUUCUGCUCCAAUUUGUUCUCUCGAGUGGCGGAGUGUAUGGAUGGGGUACUCCAUUCAUUAUCGUUCUAUUGAUAUUAGCCGUUGGGUUCCUUGUUGGGUUUACUAUCCUCGAGAAGUACAUUAGCAACCCUUUGAUGCCCCUUUCUCUUUGGAAGAUCCGAAAUUUUGCGGGUCUUUGGAUCGCAGGCUUCACUUGCUAUGGAAGCUACCAGAAUGUCAUCUACUAUAUCGUAUUGAUGGCGCAGAAAGUUGAUGAUUUAUCCGCUGGUGAGACCGCCAUUCGUUUCUUGCCCAUGGGAGUAAUAGGAUUCAUCGUGUCACUGGGAACUGGAAAGCUGCUCGAAUAUAUGAACGCAAAAUACUGUCUUCUCGCGGGCCUGACCCUAUCGGUAUUGGCUCCGCUACCCAGUGCCUUGACAGUUAUCCAUACCGAUGACUUCUGGAUCAAUACACUCGCUACAUCCCUUAUCAGUAUUUCUGCUGUGUCUUUCAUUUUCGUUACGACGAGUACAACACUUUUGACAAGUGUUCCACCAGAGGUUCAGAGCCUUUGCGGUGGAAUGCUUAACACCGCAUUUCAAAUUGGUUCUGGCGUCGCUCUUGCUAUCUCCGCAGCAACUACCCAGGCUGUUGAUAUCCGAAAAGGACAUGGACUUGCUCAUCAAUACUCGACCGGUCUUUGGUGCUCAACUGGAUUCGCCGCGUUGGGCCUAGUGAUUGGCCUAUUCGCUGUGAGCCGAAAAGGUGCUGGGGCCAAAGAGCGAAUGGGUGUACAAGUCGCCGUUUAG